AUGAAAGUGACCGCAAUGGAUGCCGCUAAGAAAGGACUGGGUGGGUAAGUAUCCAUCAAUAAUUACAUACAGAUAGAAAUAGUACAGUCAAUCUUCAGUUCUGCAGACUGUUUAUUCUCUGUUCUUCUGUAGGUUUUCAGGAUCGCUUGCUACUGGACUACUCUACUCGCUGGAGAAGACUUCUUUAUUGCUUGAGGGAGGAAACCAGGAGUUUUACAAACUAAAGAACGUUGUAAAAACACAUGUAACUUUAGCAGGUGGCCAGCUUCAUUUUGAAGCUUUGCAGGUAGGUGUAUAUAUUAUUAGAGAACUAGAAAGAUGUAGUGAAAACAAAAGCUUGUUAAUAUUUCCCUGCCAAGUAGGAUUGCGUAUACCAGAUGAAUGACUUCCUUGCAGAUAUGAAGCAGUCCACAUCUGUCCUGGGGAGCUUGGCAGGGCCGUAUGAGUAAGCCAUAAAGGCUUCGAAAGAGGAACGCAAGUUAUUGUUCUAAUCAUAGAUAAAUUGCCUCUAAUUGUUUGGUAUAGUAUCAAAAUGAAUGCAGAAGGAGAGAAGAACGAGGUCUACGAGUCACGAAAAAUCUUGUAUCAAUUGCUCUGACAGUUGUCAAAGCCAAGUCUGCCGCCACACAUUAUGAAACAAUGGUUGCGUCUCAUUCUUUCACGGGGUCUGAUGUAGGUGAACUUGGCCACAGUCGGAAGCAGUUUUCCGCAAUUCUACGUGCUGCAGAAUUAUGGUGUGACAGGCAAAUAGCAGGUUUUUUAUCCACACCAUUACCUUCAACCAAACUUCCUCCGCAUUACUAUGCUACUUGCGACAAGUCGACACCCAACAGAAUAUCAAAUCAGGCGAUACUGCUCUGUCCAAUGGUUAACGGCCAUUGCAAGGCGAUCGCAGUAAGCUCCCAAGAAGUCUAUAAAGAAACCGAUACAAAUGUUGAUGGUGACGUUAGUGGAGCACAUGCACCAGAAUUAGCUAAAACCUUGUUUGAUGAAAUUAGGGCAGCAUAUCCUACAGUCGAAGAAACCACUUUCAAAGGAGCAUGGAUGGGUACAGUUUGUGAUGGUGCAUAUGCCACGGCAGUAGAAUUCGAGAGAACACUAGCAGCUCUAUUAGAGCAAGAGAAAUACGACUCAUCGUUCUUCUCUGUAUUGUGA